ACCAAGAUGGCGGACCGAGUGGUCGUGACUUCCGAAAGAAUGUUCAAAUGAAGGAGGUAACAUCGAAAUAGAUGGUAAAACAUUUGCCAUUUCUUAAGCCUACGAAAACGGAAGUUGAGUCCGGAGUGACGGAGUGUUGUCUGAAGUGAAGAUUGAAGACGUGAUAGAAGAUGGACGACUACUGCUAUGCUAAGAUGGCGACGUCCACUAAAAGAGAACAUGACAGAGAAUCAGCGCCACCAACUUCCAGCAAAUCACCAACGGAGAUAAAGACGAAACAUGAAGAUGUCCAGCAGCUUAUUGUUCAUCCAGAAGAACAGCUGCAGAGGCGGAACCCCACCCGGAAGCAGGAGGCUAAGCAGCUCCUCCACAUUGAAGAGGAGGAGGAAACCUGGAUCACUCAGGAGGGAGAGUGUCUUCUAGGACGAGAGGAAGUUGAUCUCACCAAGUUGCCACUGAGUAUUCUCUCUGUGAAGACUGAAGAGAAACCACAAGUAGACAACGCCUUAGGUCCACUAUCAGAUAGUGAGGCUGAAGACGAGGUUCAAAAACCUUUGAGCGGCAAAAGAGACUGUAAACGUCUCCUUCAGCCGAAGGCGGGGACCUCCACUUUGAAGCAGGAGGCUUUACAGGCCCCUAAUUUUAAAAAGGAAGAGGAGGAACUCUGGAUAACUCAGGAGGGAGAGUGUCUUGUAAGGUCAGAGAAAGCAGUACUCGCCAAGUUGCCACUGACUGUUGUCUCAGUGAAGACUGAAGAUGAUGAAGAGAAACCACAAGGAGACAACCUCUUAGCUCCACUAUCAAAUAGUGAGGCUGAAGAUGAGGUUAAAGAACCUUUGAGCAGCGAUACGGACUGUGAACGUGAUAUGAGGACUCACACUGACUUUGAAUGCUCUAAAAAGAAGAGCAGUAAAAAACUUUUGAGCUGCUCAGUUUGUCAUAAAAGUUUCAAGAAAAAGAGCAAUUUGACUCAACAUAUGAGAACACACACAGGGGAAAAGCCAUUUGACUGUUCAGUUUGUGGUAAAGGCUUUUGCCAAAAGAGCAAUUUGACUGAACACAAGAGAACACACACCGGAGAAAAAACAUUAAUUGUUCAGUUUGUAGUAAAAGCUUUUCUCGAAAGAGCAGUUUGACUCAACACAUGAGAACACACACAGGAGAAAAAACAUUUAAAUGUUCAGUUUGUAGUAAAUGCUUUUCUUCCAGAUCAGGUUUGACUCAACACAUAAUGACACA